GAAGGGGCACGCCAUGCAGGAGAGAUGGGCAGGGAAGUGAGCGGAGCGACUUGGCUGCUGGCAGGAGGAGGGAGGGAGGAGAGAAGAGGCAUCGCCAUGUCCUCUCUAGCGACAGCGGGAAGGGCCUUGACCUCACUCGCAUGCCUCUCUCUCGUCCUCCUCCUGGUUCUCCACAAGCCUGGGGACCGGAGUCUGUUGCAGACUGGUUGGAGGACGAGCAGAGGGUGGGAGAGGCAGCAGGGUCUCAGGCAGUUUGUCUCCUCUGCUAGAAGGGCUGGACGUCAUGCUGCAUCUUUCCGUCAACUUCACGCUCAAACACCAGUGGAAUUGUUCUCAGCGUGGGCUGACAAGUGGCGUUCGGAGCAUCCGGAAGGCAAUCUGGAGGAGGAGAAGGCGGCUUGGAGUGAGCACGAGAAGAAUGUCGAGGAGAUGAGAGCAUGGGAAGCACGGCAAGUGAAGGAGCUAGAGGGAUCGAAUGUAGCCGAUGAUUGCGUGUAUGAUACCUUCUGGUUCCAAGGCUCGAUCGAUCCGAGCCGCAAGCCAUGCAGGAAGCUCCCUCCUCCUCAGAUGUCUGAUGCUCCGAACCCAGCGGUCAAUGCUGUAGAGUAUGUCGCUCGUGUCCCACAGACCGUCCUCUCCCCGCCAGAAGGACCCCCAGACUUCAACGGACAAGACGCGAUGAUCGCCUCUCACCCGCCACUUGGAUGGGCCCCGACGGAUCUGGAGGAGAAGAACGCUGAGUCACGGGGAAGCUUCAGCGUGAGGAUGGCUCGAACAGGAGCGGACGACGAGGGCGAUAUCAAUCUUGCCAUCUACGGGCCAAACACGCCAUACCGCUGCUCCCUCAGGGGUUACCGCAUGCUCUCUGCAGACUUCCAGGGGAACUCGGUGUACACAGGAUUCAGCCAAGAGUUUGAUGCGGGAGGAGGGACGCGAGAGCUGCAGACAGGUUUCAUCUCCCCUGGGGCUGCCAACGAGUACGACGUGCUAACUUGCAGAGACGAGGCUACCGGAGAGGUUCAGUACUUCCGCAUCAACUGGGGUACAAGGGGGUACGCAGACCUUCAGGCUGGAGGAGCCCCGGGGGUCCUGGGGCCUCAUUUUGGCCAGAACACCGACUCAGUGACGUUCGACAUGGACAGGCCGCGGGAGGAGGACGAGGAGGCGAUGGACAAGUACUAUGACCUCAAUUAUGAUCCCAGGACGGAUGAUAAGCCGUUCUACUGAUGAGUGAAGGAAACCUUUCUCAG